UCGUUGCUAAUACGUUCGGUUCUAGAGCAAUAUAUCGGUGGUAUAUUGUCGUGAUAUAAUAUUGUGCUCGUAUAUAAUAUUACCGUUUGUGUGCGAGUGCUGGGCCUCAAGUCUGCUAUUUUCAAAAAUUGUGUCAUUCCCACACGAUCCCAUUGUCAUUUUGCUAUAAGUUCGUAAUCUGUUAAUUCACAAUGGUCGAUCAUUGAUCAGUCAAUGGUCUCGUAAUGGAAUUGUAGUAGAAUGACAUUGUCGUAUUGCCAUUAUAUAAAACCAGUGUGGUAGAAAUUAUUUUCGAAAAACUACCACUAUAUUUGAAAAUUUAUUCAUGCCAGAUUUUACAUAUAUUUAAUUUUACAUGUUAUUUAUUAGUGUUAUAAGUAAUCUGAAGUAGUAAAAAGUUUGAAUAUACCAAAAAACAUUAAAUAUACAUGUACAUAAAAAGACUUAGUAUUAUUUUCUCUUUGUCAGCUUGGCUGACAAAGUCAAAUGUGACAUUUCCUAUACCUACUUAUUACUUACUCUUUGAUGUGACAUUAUUUACAAACAUUGUUAAAUUUGUUAAUAACAAGUAGUAAUAACAACAAACUGAAUCAAAAUGGUGCUGGUUGAACAAAUUUCGGCCCUUAUGGAUUUCUUGGAAAACCACCAAGACCUGGCGCUUGGCCACUGCAGCCGCACCAAUGAAGGGCGAAGUCUUAUGAGACGUUACUGGAUGGAGUGUGCCCAAAUUUUAAAUGCGGUGUCGGUGGACUGCCCUAAUAAAACGCCGGCAGAGUGGCGCUCAUUCUACAACGAAUACAAAAGCAAGCUUUUAAAAAAAAUUAAAUCACAGAAAUGUGAAUUGAGUGCCACAGGUGGUGGUCCUGCAAAAAAAAUUAUAUUGACCCCGCUCCAAGAGCGUUUAUAUAAUAUUUUAGGGCGAGAUGUAGGAGAGCCACUUCAAGGUGUCCGACAUAACCCACUCAGUCCAAUUAUCACAAUUCCUUUGGUGGAAGCUAGUCCUAGCAACCAUUUGAACAACUCCUGCUCCCUAUUAGAAAAUUAUGAACACGAGCUUGUGGAAACUGUGGAACUUGUGGAAACAGUACAACAAGAAAUAAGCUUGGAUCAGGAAAAGGAAACUGUUGCUGAGCCUUCCACUAGCAACCAGCCUCCGAAGCGACGCAAACGCCAACAAUCAACACGGCGUAACGCAGCAGAAGAUACAGCAGACCAUGCAGCUCUUGAAGCUGCUCAAUCGAGGCUGGAGGCUAUAGAAGCGAGGAACGCCGAAGCCACUUUAAAAACUGCGGAGGCACUCAACAAUUUAGCUGCGGCCAUCAACAGACAAAGCUCCACCACUGAAAAAGUGGUGGAACUUUUGGACCGCUUUGUGACGUCUGUGUCAAAAAAGAAACUCCGGAGGUUGUUAGCAUCAUCCGAUUCUGAGUCAGACUAGUUUCCAGAACUAUGCAAGAGUCUGUCAACAAGAGCUUGCUGUAGUGCCCGACCUUCAAGAAGGUCCCGGUUCACCCUUCGAUGAUCUUGGUCAUUUGGUGCUGCAUAAUUAUUUUCCUCCUUAAAUUAAAAGACUGAUUUGUUAAUUAUUAUGUUAUCGGCUUACUCACGUAUUGUUUUGACGAGGAACUCGACUAGUUUCAAGCCAUGCUAGAGGCUCAUAUUCAUGAGCAGCAUUCCGCGACACACGACGCGGCGAUUGUCGCGCUGCUACUGACAGCAGCAGCGACAAUCGCCGCGUCGUGUAAUAAUUAAUUUAGUAUGUCUCACGAAAGUUACAAUAAAACGACUGAUUUGUUAUUUUAAUUAUAUUAUUAAAAAUGUUUGAUUUGUUA